ACAAAGGGGAUCUAGGUGAAUUCAGGCCACGGUUGUCGAAGGUCUUUGUGUUUUAAGCACUUAAUCGAUGGGCUACAUUCGUGCAGUGAAGAAUUGCGGACAUAACAGUGCAAGAGAUAAAGGAAGACUUAAAUUUUACCGGUUUCCAUUGAUAACAUUGAACAAGGGAGAAGAAAUUCGCAAAUUGAGUGAAGCCCGAAGAAGACAGUGUUUCGCGAGUAUUUACAGAAAGGAGUUUGACGACAACUGAGAAAGCUGAAAACUCUCGCGUUUGUAGCAAUCGUUUUAUUUCUGUUGAUCGAAAUGCUCGUGCUCGAAAGAGGAAUGAAAUCAAGCGGAAAUAUGAUGAUUUAACUUCCUCUAGUACUACCAAAGGCAGCGGUGUGGGGGAGGUUAUACAAUGCAGCGAGUUUGUCGAGACCGAAACACCUUCACACACAAGCAAUUUUACUUCGGGUUAUGUCCCAUUGAGGAUGGCAGUUCAGGGUCAUGUCCCAUUGAUGAUGGCACUUCAGGUUCAUGUCCAAUUGAUGAUGCCAUUAACCUUGCUGACAACAGUGAUUGUAAUGAUAAUGAUAAUGAUAAACAUGACCAAUUUUGCCAGACUGAAGGAAAGGUUUUGUCAGAGGGAUGCUACCAGACUGACCUUGAUAUGGCUCAACUGGACAGACAGCAGAUCUACUUGCAACACAUCACUGAUGAGCUAAGCAGUACAAAGGUACAACUACUGUCUCUUCAGUUAACUAUGGAAAGCUUUACAAAUAGUGACGAAAAAACCAAGUUUUAUACAGGAGUCCCCACAUUUUCCCUUUUAAUGCAUGUUUUUAAUAUUAUUGCUCCUCGCAUAAAAAUAACCACCCAAAAUGCACUUGGCCAGUUUCAAGAGUUUCUUUUAGUUUUAAUUAGACUUAAACUCAAUUCUCCAUUGCAGGAUUUAGCUUUUCGUUCCAAUAUAUCUGUGCCAACCACAUCAAGAAUUUUUGACAAAUGGACACAUGUAGUGUCCAUCAGACUAAAGUUUUUAAUCCAGUGGCCAAAGCAUGAGGAACUGCAAGCCACCAUGCCUGCAGUUUUCCAACAAUUUUUGCAAGAGAGUUGCAGUCAUCAUUGACUGCUUUGAGAUCUUUAUGGAAAGACCAUCUAGCCUAAUUGUUGUGACCAUCCGGGAACUGCCUGGCGGUGGCUUUGUCCCGUGUGGCUUUUCGGGUAGAAAUAGGUUCUUGAGGAAAAACGUUUUCCAAUCGAUGUUUAAGGAUUCUACAGUCAAUAACUUUCUUGGUUUGGUUAAUAUUGGAUUUAACACUAAUGCUAGGGCAAUGACCUGGUCUAAUUAUAAACAUCACAAUACUAUAAAGUUUCUUAUUGGUGUAACACCACAAGGUGUUAUCUCAUUCAUUUCAAAGGCAUGGGGUGGGAGAGUGAGUGACAAAUAUCUCACAGAAAAGUCUGGUUUGUUGAGAAAGCUCUUACCUGGGGACAUAGUGCUUGCUGACAGGGGCUUUGAUAUUGCUGACUCUGUUGGUCUUUAUCAAGCUCACUUUCAUAUACCAGCAUUUACUAGAGGUAAGAAACAGUUGUCUGCAGAGGAAGUGGAGCAAACCAGAAAAAUUGCUGAGUCCGAAUCCAUGUGGAAAGGGUGAUUGGUCUUGUCUGCAGAAAGUGUUGCAAGAAAUACUCCCUAUUCAGCUGGUGACAGCUCGGCAAGGUGAUGACUUGGCUCCAAUAGACAAAAUGGCAGUAACUUGCUGUGCCCUUACUAAUAUAUCAGAGUGUCUGUGCCUUUUAAUUAGAGUAUUUAGACCCUUUGUGGGAGUAUCAAUAUUUUAUCAGGUAUCAUUGGGAAAAUAUGAUGUUUAAUUCAGCAACAGUUUUCUCUUCAAGGAGUUUCUAAGUUAAGAAAUAUAACUUUUAGGCCUAAUCCAUACCUUACAGUCAACGGAAUUGAAUUAAAUUUGUGUAGUUAUUAAUAAUUAUGGUGGUUCCUAAUACUAAUAAAACAUUCAACCAACGAUAAAAAUGCCUAAAGUGGCUAAUGAAGGGGUUAACAUUUUUUGUAUAGGUGGCUUAAAAAAUGUUCCUGUUGUAAUCAAAAGGUAUCAUAACAAAAAAAAUGCAAGAACUGAAUAACUUUGGACAUCAUCAACAACAACAACUUUUCUUUAUACCAACAAUUCCAAAUUUUUGCACAUCAAUUUCAUGGUGCACAUGAAGGGCAAAUCCAUUCUCCAUCAGGCUCUGUUCUAAGUCCCACACAUGACUUAUACGCUUCAUUUGCUGCCCGGUUAUCCACGAGGUCUGGAGUACCAGAUAAUUCACAAUGUCGGGAUAUUCCAUGCUAGGAUAAUCCACUAAAUCCUCGCUACACUCAGAUUUUUUUAACGUGUAUGGAUCAAAUCCAAAGAUAAGAACUUUUACUCGAUACCUGGCCUUAGCAGAACUGGUAAGACUGCCAUAAUUCUCCGAAAAAGGAACACUUUCGCUCGAAGGCGCGUCUGCCGAAGCCAUAUUUACUUUAACAGAUGUCCACCAGCAUGGCGGUCGCGACUUACGUUACAAAAUUUUGACACGUGGCUGAAAACGAAGAAUGGGGCUUACAGGCCGCAAACCAGGCUGAUAUAACUGGCUGGCGUAAAAGCGAAAUUUUUUAAAGGAAACAGCGCCGCAGCCUGUUCAGUUUUAAAAUAACUUGAAUCGUUCAAUGCCGAAGUUCAAAGCGGAAAUUUGUUGUUUCUCCAGUGUCAGCCUUUUCGUCUUCAUCCCUGAAAAAAACUUGAUGACUCGAUGAACAUGAUACGGCUUUUUGAAAUUGAAUUUCAAUU